AUGACUGAAAGGUCGAGGACAAGAAAAUCCAUUUCCAAAUCGAGAGAUGUGAAAUAUGACGUCGCUGUAGAAGAGGCCGAUGAAGUUGCGUACAAACUCUUUUCAACAAGCACUGCUAGUACAGGAACUGCUAGUAAUGCACCUGCAUCAGCAUCAGGAAAAUCCAAAACCAUAGAUACGAAGAAACCACCAUCGGCUGUUAUAAAUGCUUUGAAGAAGGUGACAGAGUUUCAUGGCUCUGUUGGUGUUCCACUAGAAGAUGAACCCUUUUACCACGGCUACAUGGAACGGAAAGAAGCAGAAAAAUGCCUCACAAAGAUAGGAGAAUUUCUUGUGCGCAAAUCUUUUAUCAGAAAUAAUGAGGGUUAUAUCAUCUCGAUACGCGUUGGUACCGAUCGGGUGCUGCAUUUACAUGUUCAAGAAAUCGUUGCUCAGAGAUUGUACUGGGUCCGAACAUUUUGUUUCACUUCGAUCUCUGACCUGGUUCGCUACCACAUGACACUCAAGGCUCCAGUUUACGAAAAUGAUAUCAAGCUUCUGUCAUAUCUUGAACGAGAACAAUGGCAACUGUAUCACGAGCAGAUCGUCCUCGGCCGCCUCUUGGGGCAUGGCGAAUUUGGAGAAGUCUUCCAAGGAACAUUUACUAUCGGCCUCUUUUCGAAACCCAUCGAAGUGGCCGUGAAGACAUUGAAGGAAGGAUCAUUGAGCAGUGAUGACAGGGUGACAUUUCUUCGAGAGGCAAAUGUGAUGCUUAAACUUCAACACAAACAUAUAAUUCGUUUAUAUGGUGUAGCUACACAAAAGGAACCAAUAAUGAUUGUCAUGGAACUUGCUCCUGGUGGAUCGCUGCUUGAAAAGAUUAGAAAAACCAAACUGGAUCUUGCUCACAAGCGAAAGUAUUGCUACCAUGCCAUGUGCGGUAUGGAGUAUCUAGAAUCACAACAGGUUAUUCACCGAGAUGUGGCAGCAAGAAAUUGUCUGAUCAGCGGAUCUGAUGUUUGUAAAAUCAGUGAUUUUGGAUUAUCAAUGCUAGGUCAGCUGCAUAAGGAGAAACAAAUGAUUAAAGUUCCAGUUAGGUUCCUGGCACCCGAGACUUUAACUCAUGCCACGUACUCAAGUAAGUCGGAUGUGUGGAGUUAUGGUGUGCUGAUGUUUGAAGUGUUUUCCGAUGGAGAAAUACCAUAUAAGGAGGUUAAGACUCUGAAAGACGUGCGAAAGAAAGUCAUCCAAGGAUUACGAUUGAAACCACCGCCAGACAUGCCAGAAGAGGAUGCGAAUAUAAUGAUGCGUUGUUUCGAAACAGAUCCUGAAGCAAGAACAUCAUUUUCCCUCCUGAAGCAAGACUACAAGAAGUAUCAGCCCAAUGUAUUGGGAAAGCUCGUCGAUUUCUUCAAGGAUAAAGCUGAAGCAUCAGCUACUGCUGUCAAGUCAUGAAUAGAUUCAUUGUAAACUAUGAUUACGCUCAAUCUUAUACGUAAAGAAGAUCGUCGUCUAUAGCACUCACUCAAAUUUUUGUAAAAUGUGAUUCUUGC